AUGGCGGCAUCAUCUUCGAGAGGGAGGAGCAGUUCACCGUUCAACAACGGGAAGCCGUCGAGUUUGAACUCAUCCAUGUCAUCCACUUCGUCUUUGAUGAACGGCAGCCGUGUCUUGCCGCGCUCGGACUCCUCCUCCGCGGCGACGUCAUUUUAUGGAGGUGGAGAAUCUGGGUCUAGAUCCAUGAGUAUGGUUGAUGCCGGGUACUCAGGAGGAUACAACAACUGUACGCCGGUCAGUUACCCGUUAAUUGAUGACCAGCUGAUUGGGGAACCGCUAGAGACUACUUCGAGAUCAGGGGAAAGCAUUUCAGUGACUAUUAGGUUCCGACCUAUGAGUGAAAGGGAAUAUCAGAGAGGGGAUGAAAUUGCGUGGCAUCCAGAAGGCGAUAAAAUUGUAAGGAAUGAUUAUAAUCCCAUGACUGCCUAUGCAUUCGAUAGGGUCUUUGGACAUGAUACAAUUACGGAUGAAGUUUAUGAAGUGGCUGCUCGACCUGUAGUGAAGGGUGCAAUGGAGGGCAUAAAUGGAACUGUAUUUGCUUAUGGUGUUACGAGUAGUGGAAAAACACACACUAUGCAUGGAGAUCAAUAUUCUCCAGGCAUUAUACCUCUGGCUAUAAAGGAUGUCUUCAGCAUUAUUCAGGAUACCCCUGGUCGUGAAUUCUUGCUUCGUGUAUCAUAUCUAGAAAUCUACAAUGAGGUGAUUAAUGAUUUGCUGGACCCAACUGGUCAAAGUCUGCGAGUGAGAGAAGAUGCACAGGGUACUUAUGUUGAGGGCAUAAAAGAAGAAGUAAUUCUGUCCCCUGGACAUGCACUUUCAUUCAUUGCUGCAGGAGAAGAGCACCGACAUGUUGGUUCAAAUAAUUUUAACUUAUUCAGCAGUCGCAGUCAUACCAUAUUCACAUUGAUGAUCGAAAGUAGUGCACCUGGAGACGAUUAUGAUGGAGUGAUAUACUCUCAGUUGAAUUUAAUUGAUUUAGCGGGUUCAGAAAGCUCAAAAACUGAAACAACAGGGUUAAGGAGAAAGGAAGGAUCAUACAUCAAUAAAAGUCUUCUUACACUUGGAACUGUAAUUGGAAAACUGAGUGAAGGUAAGGCAUCACAUGUUCCUUAUCGGGAUUCAAAGCUCACCCGCCUCCUACAAUCAUCGCUAAGUGGGCACGGACUUGUUUCACUCAUAUGUACGGUUACACCAGCAUCCAGUAAUAUGGAGGAAACUCAUAAUACAUUAAAAUUUGCAAGCAGGGCAAAACGUGUUGAAAUUUAUGCCUCGCGCAAUAAGAUUAUUGAUGAAAAAUCCUUGAUCAAGAAGUAUCAAAGGGAAAUAUCUUCUCUCAAACUAGAACUUGAUCAACUAAAGAAAGGAAUGCUUGUUGGUGUUAGUCAUGAAGAAAUUUUGAGCUUAAGACAACAGUUAGAAGAAGGACAAGUGAGAAUGCAAUCUAGAUUAGAGGAGGAAGAAGAAGCCAAGGCUGCUCUAAUGAGCAGAAUCCAGAGGCUAACAAAGUUAAUUCUUGUUUCUACAAAAAAUACUAUCCCAGGAAUUCUGAGCGAUGUGCCCUCUCACCAUAGGAGUCAUUCUGCUUCUGAGGAUAAUAAGUUGGAUGUUCUAUGUGAUGGUUCUUUGCUCCUUGGUGGCGAGAAUCAGAAAGACUCCUCAUCUUCUGCUUUUUCUAUCCCAUUAGAUGUUAAUGAUUUUAAACACCGAAGAUCUUCCAGCAAGUGGAAUGAUGAUAUAUCACAAGCUGGCAGUGUGCUAACUGAAACAACCCAAGCGGGUGAACUUAUCAUUGGUUCUUCCUCUGCAUUAAAACUGCCUAUAGAUGGAAUGACAAUGUCAGACCAAAUGGACCUCCUUAAUGAGCAAGUUAAGAUGCUUGCUGGAGAGAUUGCAUUGGGCACCAGUACCCUAAAGCGACUGGUUGAGCAAUCUGUAAAUGAUCCCGAGAGUUUGAAAACUCAGAUUCAGAACUUAGAGCGUGAGAUCGAAGAAAAGAAAAAACAAAUGGGAGUUUUAGAACAGCGUAUUGUUUCGAAUGGUGAAGCUUCAGUUGCUAAUGCAUCAUAUGUUGAGAUGCAGCAGACAGUCAUGAAAUUGAUGGCCCAGAGUAGUGAGAAGGGUUUUGAGCUUGAGAUUAUAACCGCGGACAAUCGUAUACUCCAGGACCAACUGCAGAACAAGUGUGCUGAAAACAAGGAACUGCAAGAGAAAAUUAUUUGCCUGGAACAGCAAAUAGCUUCAGACUCUCGCGACAAUCCGUUAUCCUCUUCCAGACAGAGUGUAUCUGAUGAAUAUGCUGAGGAAUUGAGAAAGAAAAUGCAGUCUCAGGAAAUUGAGAAUGAGACACUGAAGCUAGAACAUGUUCAGAUUUUAGAGGAGAAUAGUGGAUUGCGUGUACAAAAUCAAAAACUGUCUGAGGAAGCCUCUUAUGCAAAGGAACUAGCCUCUGCUGCUGCAGUUGAACUGAAGAAUUUAGCUGGUGAAGUUACCAAUCUAUCAUUACAUAAUGCAAAACUUGAAAAAGAAUUACAAGCUGCUCGUGAGAUGAUGAACUCUAAAAAUGGUGGUAAUCGCAAAUACAAUGAUGGCCAAAGGCCUUCUCGCAGAGGUCGGCUCAAUGGUCGAGCAAAUGAUGUUUCUGGAGUGUUCCGUGACGACUUUGACUCUUGGAACCUUGACCCCGAUGAUUUAAAAAUGGAAUUGCAAGUAAGGAAACAACGAGAAAUUGCUCUUGAGGCUGCCUUGGCUGAGAAGGAAAUUUUGGAAGACGAGUACAGGAAAAAGGUUGAUGAGGCCAAGAAGAGGGAGAUGGCUCUGGAGAAUGAUUUGGCAAACAUGUGGGUUCUCGUUGCUCAGCUAAAGAAAGAUGGGAGUGUUGAUCCGGAAUCAAAGAUUAAUGGGAGGCAGAAUGAUGUCAGGGAUCGUAUAAAUGAUCUAAAAUUGGAUGAUACUGACCUUAGGAAUCCAAUUCUCAAGGGUAGGCAAGAUAAAGAUCAUACAACCCAAGUUUCCAACAUUUCCAAAGAAGAAUCUCUUGUUGUCCGCUUGAAGGCCCGGAUUCAAGAGAUGAAGGAGAAAGAACUGCAAUGCUUAUUCCUUGUCGCCAUUUUUGCUUGUGUAAACCUUGUUCCCUUGCAUGUUCUGAAUGUCCAAUCUGCCGAACAAAGAUUGCAGAUAGGAUUUUUGCCUUUACUUGAAAAAAACCCUCUAGAAAAAGGGACUUGUCAUUGUUUAUCAUUCUUCGUCUGCUUGGUAUUUUCCUCAGAAAACCCAAAUCAGGAGAAGGAAGCUUGGAGUUCCGAAGCUGAGAGAGACAAAGUAGCCGUCGUAACUCCGGGGAAAGAAGGGUGUUUUGGUGACUGA